AUGACAACAAUACGGGUGUCGACACUAAACAACAACAACAAUAUAUCAGACAAAACAGUCAUCAAAGACCAGGAGGAAGAGGAAGAAAGCCAUCGAAGAGUAGUACCAGGUAAAGUAAACGACACUAAAGUUAGACAAACAGUUAAACAGAMGAAGAAGACGAAGAAGAAACUAAAGCGAAGUCUAACCGAAGAUGAACUGAAAGCCAAGAAACUGUUUAAUACGAAAAAAUGUCGUCAACCGGAUGGCCGAUAUAGGUGUCCAUGGGAUGGCUGUUCAAAGAUAUUUAACUUAUACAAUUCGUUGCUACAGCACCGGCACAUACAUUUGGGUACAUACAGGUGCCCAAUACCUGAUUGCGGGUUUCAAACACGUAGUGACUAUGCUUUGAAAGUACAUCAAACUAUACAUUCAUCGGACAGAUCGUUUAGAUGYCGUGAUUGUGRUAAAUGUUUUUCCMGAMAACAUUURCUWWACUGUCAUCGAUUGRUAGUACAUCCCGAAGCCUAUCCGAACAUACCGUUUAGGGAGUGUCCUGAACCCGGUUGUACUUAUCGUACAAAACUGUUUAAAUCAUUCAAAAAACAUGAACAACAACAUAGUCUACCAGCUAGUUGUCUGGAUUGUGGUAAACGUUUCAGAAGUAAUUAUGACCUCCGGCUACACCAUCAAUCCAGACACCAGUCGGUUAAACAAUUUAAAUGCCAAUUGUGUGGCAAACUGUUUAAAUCAAUUAGAAAUCGUAGAAAUCAUUAUCAGUUACAUCAUCAACAAGCAGACUAUCAAUGYGAUUACGAUGGCUGUAACCAAACGUUUACUAUUAAACAUCAAUAUCUUAAACAUCGGAAAACACACGUCAWAGACAACAACCCGAUGUCGAUCUCCGUCCGCAYGUGUGUGAGUGGCCGGGAUGUGACCGUAGGUUUUUGUCAAACUCUGAUAUGA